AUGCUCUCCAGAUCAUCGAUUAAUGUGGCAAGAGGAGCCGCCGCCGCCGCCGCCAUUCGAACCCAUCAGAUUCCCGGACAGCGUCUUCCUCUAGCGAAAUAUGGCGGUCGUCAUACGGUAACCGCACUUCCCGGAGACGGAAUUGGUCCGGAAAUGCUGGAGCACGUUCGAAAAAUUUUUGAAUACUGCCAUGCGCCCGUGAAUUUUGAAGAAGUUCAAGUCAGCUCGUCGCUUGUUAGUGGAGACAUGGAGGCCGCCAUAAUGGCGAUUCAGAGAAAUGGUGUUGCAAUUAAGGGAAAUAUUGAAACGAAGCACGAUGAUCCGCAAUUUCGAUCAAGAAACGUCGAAUUGCGAACCGAACUCGAUUUGUAUGCAAAUAUUUUGCACUGCGUCACAAUUCCGACAAUUCCGUCGCGGCAUUCCGGCAUCGAUAUCGUAUUGAUUCGUGAAAACACGGAAGGCGAGUAUUCGGGACUCGAGCAUGAGACGAUUCCAGGAAUUGUUGAAAGCAUUAAAGUUGUGACGCGAGAGAAAAUUGAGCGCAUUUCGCGAAUGGCGUUGGAAUACGCAAAGGCUAACGGAAGAAAGAAGGUCACUGCAGUUCAUAAAGCGAAUAUUCAAAAACUUGGCGACGGGUUGUUUCUGAAGAUUGUUAAAGAAAUGGCAACAGAAGAAUAUAAGGAUAUCAAGUUUGAAUCAAUGAUUGUUGAUAAUGCUUCAAUGCAAUUGGUCUCGAAGCCGCAACAAUUCGAUGUGAUGGUGAUGCCGAAUUUGUACGGAAAUAUUAUUUCAAACAUUGCUUGCGGACUUGUCGGUGGACCAGGAUUGGUCUCCGGAAUGAAUAUUGGAGAGAAAUAUGCGGUUUUCGAAACGGGCACAAGAAAUACUGGAACAUCGCUGGCUGGAAAAGAUCUCGCCAAUCCGACGGCAUUCAUUCGCGCCAGUGUCGACAUGCUCCGAUAUCUUGAUUGUCAUUUCCAUGCUGAUUUGAUUUCCGAUGCUCUUUGGAAGACGCUCGUCGAGCAGCGUGUGCACACUCAAGAUAUUGGAGGCAACCAUAAUGCUAGCGAUAUUGUGAACGCGACAUUACAAAAUAUCAGCGAACUGAUGACGGAGAGACAUGCUUUUUAA